AUGUCCCUUGUACCAACCCUUCCCACCAUCCCGGAACCUGCCAUCCUGACAUGCAUUGCCUCAGUGAAUGAGGCACGCGCCAUGCGUAUCGCCGAGAUUCUUUCUGAUUUCAGACACUUGCAACACUUCAUUGCCAACAUCAGGGCAAAUCCUUCGGCCGAAGAAUAUUACGAGGAAGGCUAUUGCGUACUUCGCCAAUGCGCUGGAGAAGCCCAGGCUUUGUUGAACCAACCAUUCGAUUGCCAAGGGCCAGAGCCGGACGGUAACGACGAAGAAGAGAAGGCGCAGCUUCAACGAGUUAUGAUGGACGCCAGUAUCCGCCGCUUCAAGAUACAACAAACUUACCUCAAAGCAAGUGCAGCGUUGCGCUGGGUCAAUUCACGAACAGUCAUUCUUGGAGGGAGUCAACCUCAGUCUGUUCAUGCUCCAGCACUUCAACAAAUAACCAACACAAUGCGAUCAGAACUUGCAUCAGUAACACCCGCUCGGGUAGAGUUGUCCCUCCGAUCUCAAGACAGCAUCCAUGGAAAAUGGCUUGUGGAAGACCCGACGUGGAGUGCAAUGGAGCAGAUUAUUCGGACCGGCCGAUGA